UCUCUCUCUCUCUCUCUCCCCCUCUCCCUCUCUUAAAAUCUCCACCUCGAAAGCAAACCCUAUCCAUUGUUCCUUCGCCCCUCUUCUCCUCUCCCGAUGCGAAAGGUACUUUGUAACCAUCUUAAUGAAGAAUUUGUUCGGGUAGAGAUCAAGGAUGCACUCAAACUGAAACAAAUUGCUGGUGCGAUCAUAUUCAGAUGACCUGCAGAAUGGCAGCUGGUCAACAAAAAAAGCGGCUAGCAAGUUCUAACCUGCACGAACAAUAUAGAGGAAAGAAGAAGAAAAAGCUGGACUCAUCUGAUUAUGUGUUGAAUUUGAGAUCGCAUAUCGAUCUAGAGUGGGAUGACAAUCUGAAGAGAGCUGUGGCAAAGAGGGAACAAGUUGGGAUAACAUGGAUGGACAUGGCACCUUUUGUUGAUUCAGUUCCCAAAUGUCAUUCAGGUCUAGCUGAUGUUUUAUCUGUUCCUCAAGAAAUUUUUUCUUUGGAAAAUUUGACUGAGGUGCUUUCUUAUGAGGUUUGGGCAACAUGUCUGUCAGAGUCAGAGAGAAAGCUUCUCACUCAGUUUCUUCCUAGUGGGACAGGUGCAGAACAAGCAGUUCAUUCGCUGCUGAACGGGGAAAACCAUCACUUUGGAAAUCUUUACCUUAAAUGGUCCGCUUCACUUUGCUCUGGUAAUCUUCAUCCAGAUGCUGUUGUUCGUACAAAGCAGCAAUUCAGAGCCAAUAGAAGGGCAUACUAUUAUGAGAUAAAUAAGUAUCAUACCGGAAUGCUCGAGGUUCUGAAAAAAUGGAAGGAGAGAUGGUUAACUUGCGAGGAUCCAGAAAAGCUGUGGAGGGAAGGAUUUACGAAGCACAAGCAAGGAAGCUUAACAGUAUCUGCAGAAAAGGCUAAAGUUCCCAAUAUAGCUAAGAAAGAAAUCCCACAUAAAGUCUGCAUCUGUAAUGGUGAUACUGUUAAAUAUAUGUCAUAUAUUAAGGUAAGCAAGACACAGCACCAACUGGUUAAAAAUAUAAAGUAUUCUGGUGAUGGCAUUCAAUCGAAGUCUCUCAACCGUGUAUUGGGUGAUAUUAAGAGCUUUCAUGUACAGCCAUUUGAAACAUAUGAAGAGGAAGAAAAGAAAAGGUUGCAUGAGCAUUGGUUGCAGGUGGCAAACAAAGAUCUCCCAGCGGCUUUUGAGUUCCGUAGAAAAAAAACAUUGCUGAGAGAGCAGUGGAUGAAAUCAUUGGAACAGGAACUCAUGGAAAAAAAGAAAUUAGUAAUGGAUAAGGAUAAGAAGAUGGAAAAUCUGGAGACCUCACCUCAGGAAUCUGUAGACAACGGUGAUUAUGAACAUCAGCACAGCCCAGAUAUGACAGAUCAAGAACAUGUUGAUUCCCCACAUAAUUCCUCAUUUGACCAUCAUCUAGAAUGUAUUCCUUCACUCAACAGUCAUCUGGAUCCAAGCCCAAUGGAGUCUAGCCCAGUCUCUGUGAAUGAAGAAGCAGUAGGACAAGACAUAUUAAAACUUGUGGAAAAUUCCCCUUCUCUUUCGCAGUCAUUAGAAAAACAGAAUCCCUCUGCCGAGGAUGUUACACGAGCAAAGGCUUCUUCUUCAUCUGCUAAAGACUUGUGGCAGACAGAAAGCGUUCAUGAUCCUUACUACCAGACUACUCCGGAGAGCCAUGAGUACAUGUCUGCCGGUGAGCUAUCUCUUAGGCAACCUCAAUUUACUGAAGAACACCCAACCGAUGUGAUUGAUUUAGAGAGAAACAUAACAGAACCAGAAGCUGGAGCCGCUGUUGCCUCAACCUUUCAUGUGGACGGUGGGGCAUCGUUCUUCUGCUCCUAUGCAAACCAAGACCGCAAUGAGCUGCUUCCCAACUUUUCAAAGGGACCAGGAAUGCUAUCAUCUUAUCCACAUGAACAGAUGAAUGGCGUGAAACAGCCUGGAUUGCAGUUUUUGAUGGCCAAUGACAGCCUGCCAGAACCUGGGCAGUUCUCCCACCAAUUCCAUGAGCAACAGAAGCUUCUGGGGCAGAGGGAGGUUAGAGAGAAGGACCUUUACAUGAAUCAGAUAAUGAACAAAAAUGUCUACUGCAGUGGCAGAUAUCCAAGCCAAGGGCACUUUUCAUCAGUUGAUCAGCAGAGUUUUUCAGCUCUCCAGUCCUCUGUAAAUGGUGGGUCCAUGGGCUACAAUUGGUUUCCUGGUGAGCGUCAAGCUUAUAAUAAUUGGUCUGGAGCCGAGUCUUCAAGCAGCCAAGAUCGGUGCUUGCUUGAUGGUAGCAAUGCAGAUGGAAGCCUGUUUAGUGUUUUCUCUAACAAGAUUUCGUCAUGCUCGCCAUAUGACACUGCAAGUUCAGAACAGUACAUCCAAGCAAGGAACUAUACCAGUGGGGGUAUUGCUACAGCCGAAAAUAUUUAUAGGUAUGCCCAGCAUCAACUCGACAAUUUAAGCAGCCAAGAAGCAACUACUGCUCCUUCCAUGACCAAUAUGUCAUGGAUGAACUUCCCGUGUCAGAAUCCUGGACUGCAUGAUUCUACAGGAAAACCAUUUCUGAGGCCUUGGAACCGGUAGCACCUUUAGCAAUAUCGCAGAAGAUUUGGCCACUUUUAUGGCAAGUAUUGCUUCGAGUUGGAAAGAGCCUCAUGUGCAGAAUGCACGAAGUUGGCUUCCCAGAUCAGUUGACUUGUAGCUUUGGAUGGCGGAUAGCUGCUUGGUAAGCUAAAUGGCAAACAUGAAGUUUGAUGUUCUGUGCAUAUAUAUAUAUAUAUUUAUACCUUAUAUAUAUGGCAUAGAAGAGGGUUUAAGAUGCCUAGGUUUAAGAUAUGUUUUGUUUAACUGGUAAUUUUGGUACUUUGGUUCAACUUUUUUUGAUUUUUCAUUGUUGAAGGGCAUAUUUUUUUAUGUUUAGGGGGCAUGGAUUCCCCUGCAAAAUAAAAAAUUUUGAUUCACAUACUAGGUUAAAA